AUGGCAAGUGAUAAUUCCAUAUCGGCAUCAACUCAAUCUGAUGAUGCCAAUAGUUCAGAAUUAAACCAGAAUCAGUCAAAUUCGAGUUCAUUAGAUAUCCCUAAUGCCAGCGAGAGCUACAGUCCAGGCUCAUCGAACACGAGUGCUACUUCUCUACCCGAGCAUCCAAAAUCCCCGCGUUUGACAAUUUCACAUGUACACAACAUACCGUCAAGCAGUUACAACGAUUUCGUGGUAUAUUCCGACUCUGACGACAUAGCCUCACAAAGCUCAUUAGACCUACAACAUAACGACUCCAAGUCCAGACUAGAUAUUGGAAAUCAAUUGAAGAAGUUGGUGAGAAGCCAUAGUUCUGAUGAAGAUGAAGACGAAGAUGAAGAUGAGAUAAAUGUUAUACAUAGUGAAAAGGCUGAUCUUCAGCAUGAGAGCACUCCGAGCAAAACAAUACACUCAACUGUGCCCUUGAAGUCUGGUUUUGAAGUUGAAGAAACGCCAAAGAGUAAAAGAAGUUCAACAUCAUCACGAUCUUCUUCUCCUUUAAGAAGAACAAUGUCCCCAAGUCCUGAAGAUACUCCAAGCAAACGGACAAGCAAGCUGCGUGGGAAAAUACGAAGGAGAUCCAAGGAACCAAGUGAAAAGUCACAUAGAUCACUAGACAAGUCUGGAACAGGAUAUACUUCCAUGCCGCCAUCGGGAAAAGUUUUUAGAAACUUGUUAAUUUUGGAGGAAAGCUUGAGGGAACAAGUCAUACAACAACGAGCAAUGAGAAGAAAGUAUUUGAUCUUUUUGGCAAUAUUGUGUUCAAUUAUUGCUGGAUUGGCCCAUCAUUUGUUCAUUUUGGACCCCUCUAUAUCUUCGACUGGAACAACGAGAUUGAUUUUGAAGUUUUUCUUGAUAUCGACAGUAAUCACAUUAUUGUUGUAUCAUUUAUCAGGAGAGUAUCAGAAAACGAUUGUCCUCCCUAGAAAAUUUCUAUCUUCGACAAAUAAGGGAUUGAGGCAGUUGAAUGUUCGAUUGGUGAAGAUAAAGACACCACUUGCAGAUAAAAUAACAGACUUGAUACGAGAACUUUCACUUCUUGUGGUCAACUUUGCUUUGAGUAUUUCUCACAGCAUUUCUCCCAACUCCAUUCAGAAUAAAGAUUCAAGAGUGGAAGUAUUUCUAGUCACCUGUCAAUCGCAAUGUCAACCUCGUAUAGGGGUUACAGACGUAAAGUUGCUAUUGAAUGCCAGAGUAUUUAAUGUUGACAUUAGAGAAGGCUGGGAGAUCUAUCGAAGUGAGUUCUGGAUCAACGAAGGUGUGAGGAGGAGAAACAGUUUGUUGUCUUUUGUAAAUGGUGCCAAGUUGGAAAAAAAGCAGCAGUUGAAAAGGCGCAAGAGGACGUCCUCAAGUCCACCACAGUCAAUCCCCUCGAAAUUGAGCGAACAUAAUUUACUAAAGUUGGCCUCAUCUACAUAG